CAGAUGAUCACCUCUCAUAAUUGCAAUCAUUAGGACUACUUGUGUUUCUGUCCUGUUCUCACCAUGGUGGAUUACAUAUUUAUAUGGACUCGAGUUCUGUUCAUCUACUGCUGUUUUCUGACUGUACAUUGUGUGCAACCCAAUUGUACCUCUGUGGCUGACUUUGACAACUGUCCAGGGAACAUAACAGACUUCUGUCCAAAGGAUAUUGUUUGUGCAUGCAAAGAUGGAGAGCCUUUUUGCAAAUGUCCAAAUUUCAGAGGUCAGUGGGGAAAUUACUGGUAUAUGGGAGCCAAAUGUGACCAACUCUGGAAUACUCUGGACCUGGUUUUGGUGACAGUAUUGCCUGGAAUAGGACUGGCUUUAAUAGUUGGUGUAACAAUCCAGACCAUCCACUACUGUAACAAGAAAUCAAAGAACAAUAUAAACGAUCAAAGACAACAGAAGAGUUCAUCAGGUCUCCAACCUGAGCAUAAAUCUGCAUAUGCUUUCGAUAAUGCUGCGAGAUUUUCUCAACCUCAAGAAGGCCAGAAUCCCUGGAGCUUAACCCGUCAGAAUGGCCUUCCUACAACUCCUGUAUCUCUACAGCAGCAAAUCUCUGGAAGAGAUUACAACUUCAUGAUUCAUAAAGAAGACAAUCCAAACAUCUAUCCAUCUUAUAAUUUGAAUGGCUCUCCAGGGACAGCUAAACCUGAAGCAAAUUAUGGGAACAAGUACUCCUCAACCAUGUACAUGAAGCCACUCUUGAAUUUUUCCACACCAGGACUUCCAAAGUCAAACUACAUUCCAAGAGAGAAACAACAAAUUGGAUACCCAAGUUCUGAAGAGCAAGAAAUCCCUUAUAGGAUUGGCCGUGUGCAGAUAAAAUCUGGCUAUUAAAAGUUUCUUGCCAUCAAUUCUUAUCUCUUUUAUACCUUUAGCUUUUCCUUUCCUCUCCCCCCUGUGACCACAAAGCAAACUUACUUUCAUUUCCAAUAUUUAACUUCAUUAACUCAGUAGGGGAGGUAAAUACUUGUUAUCUCUAAAAUUCAGCAUAACACUUGGUUCCUGAUUUAUGGCAUGUAUCUUUAUAAAUUGCUCAGUGAAAUGCACAGAAGGAUGGUUACAAAUUGCUUUUAGGAAAUUUUGAAUACUUUAGAGUUACUGGGUAAAUCUAAGAAAUUGCACCAAAGCAUCAGCAUGUAAAUAUGAAUUUUAUUUGAAAUGUGCAAUAUGAUUAUACAAUAAUUCCUUAAAAUAAACUAAGAAUUGCUAAAUGA